AUGGAUACCAAUCCGCCCCGACACGACGCGUUAGGAGCUGCUGGAAUAGAUAGAUUAUCAUACAGAGUGCCGGAUGCGUUCUUCCCGCUGCAGGACGCGACCACAGCUUCAACAACGACAGAAAGCUCACAAUCUGCGAUACAACAAUGGUCGAACCACUUCCAAGGCCCUCGCACACAGACACAGCUGCGUGCCUGGUCGCGCAUCGAGCUACCUGCCCAGCUGAUUCGCAACUUCUCCGGCACCGUCAUGAAGCGCGUUGGCCUUCCGAUUCCCCGUACUACGGAAGCCCCGACGAAACCUAUCCCUGCUCCGCCGGCAAACAUAGAAGUUCCCACCGUAGCUGAAGACGGUAUGCCCACACGCCGCGUUGUCCGCCGGCUGAAUUCAUACGAAGCGCCCGACGAGGAGUGGCAGGUAAAGGGAGAGCCGCUGUCGAGCCUGGAGAUGACAGGCCUGAAAAUGCAGGCUAGGGCUGAUGUCGCUGAUAGCCUGAGCGCUUACCCAACGGCCCUAACACGAGCUCAAAUACGGCAGCGCAGAGCUGGUCACUACGUUCAGAUGGUGCCUCUGAAGCGACGGGCAGGGACUGUCCCUACUGCCGGAAACACAUUGCGCACUUAUACAGACGCAAUGCAGCUGGCACAGAUCAAGUCCCAUUUCCGUGUGCCUCGCCGACGAUUCAGCGUCCUCCCGCGCCCGCAGAUCACCAGUCCCACGCUGUCCCCCAUUGCUCUCUUUACCCCGGGCCGAGAACCCGUCACUCCAGCCGCCGUCAUGGAGCCGCCUCGUUGCAUGUCUGACGCCAAGUCCCCGACAAAGCGAAGCCCGCGACAUAGAAGCCCGCCUAUUAAGACUGAUGGGCCACGCAUCAGCGAGCCGACGAUCAAGCUGUUGCCUGCGACGACGCCAAAGAUUGAGCCCUCGCCUACCAAGCCUGCAUCGCCCCCCCCUGCAACACCAUUGGCUGAGAUUCGAAAUUUGCGCAACAGUCUUGCGACUCCGUCGACAUUCCCCAAGGCAGCACCCUUCGGCACCGCAUUUGCUGGCAUGCAACGACUUUCCGGUAUGCGACCCGGCGCAACGCCCUGGAACUUGUCGCCUACGAAGCUCGCCGCUACGCCGUGUCCGACGUAUCGCAGGGUCGAGCUGCCGAGUGAGCCAUCGCCCGCGAAGCCCAGGGUCUCUGCUGUCCAGACGCCGGCUAGAUCUGUGGUUGGCGAGCCCGCCACACCCCGCAUCUUUAACAACAUCUCGUUCAUCACCGCUGACGUUCCAAGCCCCAUUGCUUCCAUUUCGGCUCUGUUCCCACCCAGCCCCGCGAAGCAGUCCGUUGACUUGCCAUCUGGGACGCCACAGAAACCGACCAGCUUUGACUUUGGCACGGCUUCACCUGGCUUUAAUUCGGUCACUUGGUUGAACAAUGCUGAAGCGACGUCCCGGUCCGUUGCAAGCUUGAAAAAGAACAGCUCCAGACGACUGAGCGAGCCUCUGAUCCGUGGCUGCCUGAAAGUGCAGAAUCGCAGACAAACGAUUUCCCCGCACAAGCUUGUGUUCCGGGCCGACAAGACAUUUUCUCCCGGGGAUGGCCUAUUACAGAAUCGCAGACUGACAUUUUCUCCGCUGAAAUUUGUGCUCCAGGCUGAUCAGACUUCUACUGACGCGGAGGGCGUAUUGUCUCCCGUCAAGAAGUCUACUCAAGCCACGGCGGCCCCAAUUGAAGCGAAGCCGUCUGUAUCUCCUGUGAUGCGGAAUACCCAAAAGCCCCGCAGAAGCCUCAAUGGCAGGAGGUCUUUUGGAUCGCGACAGGCUGCGAACGAGGUGGUGAAUAUCGACAUGCGCCAGAAUCCUGACAUAUUCGGCUCCAAGUCGAUUUCACUAAGCGUAUCACCGGUCUUGGGCGCGGCGCUCCCCAGCAUCGCCGAAACGGGUCGCAAAACUGAAGAUACCGAAGAAGUCUUGACACAGCAGCUGUUCUCUCCUUCUGCCGAGAUUGAGUCUCGUGGAGAUGUUGAGCAGACUGCCCGUGCUGAAACUGCAGUAGAACCCGAACGAGCAGCGGUCCAGGAGGUCUCGAUUUCGCCUGUCGUGGACAGCUCCAUCGGUGGAUUGGGCAUCUUUGACGGCCUACCGGCGCUAGACUUACCUCUGGCUUCCAUUGAAGAGCACGCCGCAGACGCCGAGGCUGAGCCUAGUGUUAUUGCACAAAGCCCAAGCCCGGUUACCUCUGCUCGUGCUUCAUCUUCGUCAAAGGGAAACAGGCUUAGCUCUAGCCCGACGCUGACUCUGUCAUUUACUCCUGUUAACAGCAGGAGUCCGAGCGCAGUGGAAGUAAGUGUGCAGCAGCAGCAGUCAGUUCCGGAAAGCCCUCCGACAGUCACAACAGAGAUUGUGGAAACUGUCACAGCGCAAUCCCAUGAUUACGAUAGUCCUGGGCGCGAUUAUAUGAGGGAGUUUAUUAGACGCUCACGACCAAAGCGCCCUUCUACUACUGAGGCGGGAUCUCCAGUCGGCUCUGCGGUUAAGCGCCAGCCUCUGGGUCCUAAGAGCCCUAAUACGGAAAGCCCAAGCAAGAACAAGCGCAAGCUGGAAAAGGAGCAUGACCAGCACGAGUCGCCUCUGAAGAGGUCCCCCACCGCGUCACCGAAGAAAAUCCGUCGUUACGGAAAAACGUCUACGAAGAAGGAUACGGCAGCAACCGAUGACGAAGAACAGACUGCGACCCUGGAUGUCAAGAUGACUGACUUCGUAGCAAAUGCCGAUGACGAGAAGCAAGACGAUGAAAUGGACAGCACGUCUAGACGCUCCUCUCGGCUGCGAAACCAGACAGGUCCGCCAUCCGCCAAGUCCGCCAUCCCCACUUCCAUCAAGAUGAGGCGGAAUGGUGGCCCUCCGCUGAAUUCGGCAGUUCGCAUCGCGCAGCAGGAGUUGACCUACCAGACUCGCGCGAACACGCAGAAGAACAAGGCAGAUGCCGAAUACCCUGCCCAGUUCCUCGCUAAGCAACAGGAACAGGCACAGAUCGAGCAAGAAGCCGUGGAGCGCGAAACUUCAUCCGAGAAGGAAGGACGCAAAUGCGUCAACUGGAGCAACCCUCUGGCCAUCUACCAAGAGGAAAUCCAGAAAAAGGAGGAGGACAAGCCGGAGAGGGCGAAGAGCUCCAAACCCAAGACUGUGCAAAUGAGCGGCAUCGCAAAGCCAGUCACACGAGCCAAGACUACGGCAGAGAAGGAGCGAACCGCGCGCCUGGCCGAGCACUUUGGCAUGGUUUCCAACGGCACGCCUGCGAAACCCCAGCGGUCUACUCGAUCACGCAUGAGAAUUUAA